AUGCACCCUGCCUCCAUCUUCCGUCCGACUCUGCUGCUCUACUGGCUGGCCGCCCUCCGGCCCGUCCAGCCCGAGACACUUUUCCACAGCCGGGACCGCUCGGACCUGGAGCCGUCCGUCGUGCAGCAGGCCCAGCCCAUCGCCGACUUCCGCUCUGCUCAGCGCUUCCUGGCCAAGUACGGCUGGACCACGAACCCCCGACUCGGCGCUCGCGGAGCCCCGGGGCCCAGCGCCUUCGCCCGGGCCGUGCGCGCCUUCCAGCGCGCUAACCAGCUGCCGGCCACCGGGGCGCUGGACACGGCCACGCUGCGGGCCAUGAACAGACCGCGCUGCGGCGUCCGCGACCCCCAGGGCGCCCCCGAACUCCGCGGCGGCCCGCGGCCCUCGCCGGCGGCCCGGCCCCGCGCAAAGCGCUUUCUACAGCUGCUCCGUCCCCUGCCGGGCGGUGAGGAGGCCUGGCGGGACGGCGAGGCCAUCAGGGUCUUCUCCAGAAGCACCCUCAAAUGGAGGCUGGUGGGCGAGGGCUACAGCAGCCAGCUGUCGGCAGACGACCAGAGGCACAUCUUCAGACUGGCCUUCCGCAUGUGGAGCGAGGUGACGCCGCUGCACUUCCGGGAGGACCUGACCGGCCCCAGCACCCAGGUGGACAUCAAGCUGGGCUUUGGAAGAGGCCGGCAUUUGGGGUGCCCGCGGGUUUUCGAUGGGAGCGGGCAGGAGUUUGCCCACGCCUGGCGCCUGGGCGAUAUUCACUUUGAUGACGACGAACACUUCACGCCUCCCACCAGUGACACGGGCAUCAGCCUUCUCAAAGUGGCUGUCCACGAAAUUGGCCAUGUCCUCGGCUUGCCUCACACCUACAGGACAGGAUCAGUGAUGCAGCCAAAUUAUAUUGGCCAGAAACCUGCGUUUGAGCUGGACUGGUCAGACAGAAAGGCCAUUCAAAAGCUGUACGGUGGUUGCCAAAGUUUUAAUCUGGUUCUAGAGGCGCAAAAAAGAAAUCAGUACUGGAGAUAUGACAGCGACAAGGAUCAGGCCCAAACAGAGGAUAAGCAAGGAAACCACUACCCCAGACUGAUUUCAGAAGGAUUUCCUGGGAUCCCAAGUCCCCUGGACACUGCCUUUUAUGACCGACGAAAGCAGCUAAUUUACUUCUUCAAGGAGUCCUUGGUGUUUGCAUUUGAUGUCAACAGAAAUCAAGUACUUAAUUCUUAUCCAAAGAAGAUGACCGAAGCGUUCCCACCAACAGCCUCACACAGCCAUCCUGUCAGAAACAUAGAGUCAGCUUACUACUCCUACGCACACAGCUCUGUGUUCUUUCUCAAAGGCAAUGCCUACUGGAAGGUGGCUAACGACAAGGACAGACGGCACAAUCCUGGGCUUCCUGCUAAUGGAUUAUUUCCACAGGAGUCAAUCUCAGGGAGAUGGUUUGACCUGUGUGACGUCCACACGGACACGCUGAGCAUAUAA